UUGGAGUCAGCUAGCGCGAGCGUAAGCGGAAACGGAAACAAGCAGAACUAGUCAACUAAGCACGGAGAAUCCGCACGUGAGGAAAGCGCGUGGCAACGACAACCAUGAAACGACCAAAGUUAAAAAAGGCGAGUAAGCGCAUGUCCUGCGCCAAACGCUAUAAAAUCCAGAAAAAGGUUCGAGAGCAUCACAGAAAACUCAGAAAAGAGGGGAAGAAGACCGGAAUCAGGCGAAAGAUCAAGAAGGACAUUGGUGUCCCAAACAGCGCGCCGUUUAAAGAGGAAGUCCUCAGAGAAGCAGAGGAAAGAAAGCAAGAGCUUGAAGAGCUGAAGGAGAAGAACAGACUAGCGAAGCAGAAAGAGCGAGCAGAGAAAAAACUGAAGGGCAAAGAGGAAAAAAGUGAGGCCACGCCGGCAAAGAAACAGAGAGUGAAAAAGCAGGAGAAAGUAAAAGCACAGAGAGAAAAAAGGGCGGCUGUUGGCAAAGCAAAAAGCUCAAAGAAGUUCAGAUGCAGUGAAGUGAAUAAGGUUAUUGAAGCUUCUGAUGUGAUAUUGGAAGUCCUGGAUGCCAGGGACCCUAUGGGCUGCCGCUGUCCUCAGCUGGAGGAAGCCGUGUUAAGGCACGAGGGAAAGAAACGGCUGCUGUUUAUACUAAACAAGAUCGAUCUUGUGCCCAAAAACAUUCUGGAGAAAUGGGUUCAGUAUCUUCAAGCACAAUGCCCUACGUUUCUCUUCAAAUCAUCCGUACAACUCCAGGACAAGACUGUGCUUGAGAAGAAGAAGAGAGCUGCCAAUGAUCGCAUUGACUACAGCAGAGCAACAAUGUCCUUAGGCUCUGAUUCUCUCAUGCAGACACUCAACCUGUUGGCCAGCACCCAAGACACGGAGACUAUGCUCAUAGUCGGUGUCGUCGGUUUCCCGAAUGUUGGAAAGAGCAGCAUCAUCAACACUUUAAAAGGCAUCAGAGCAUGUAACGCUGGAGUAGAGCGAGGACUGACCAAGUGUAUGCAGGAAGUACAUGUCUCCAAAAAGGUGAAGAUGCUCGACAGCCCAGCCAUAGUGGCAGCUCCAUGUAACUCUGGUGACAAGCUGGCUCUGAGGAGCAUGCAGGCAGAUGAUAAAGAGGUGAAUCCUCUCGAAACUGUCAAGGCCUUGUUGAAACAGUGCGACCAGCAGCAGAUCAUGUUGCACUACAACGUCCCCAAGUACAAAAACUCGCUGGAUUUCUUGACCUUAUUCGCCAAGAAGCGUGGCUUGCUACAGAAAGGUUUGCUGCCCAAUACAGAGCAGGCUGCAACACUGUUUCUCAAGGACUGGACCGGAGCGAAACUGAACUACAGUACUACAGUACCAGAGACAGGACGCCUCCCUCCACACCUCACUAAAUCCAUGGUUACAGAAAUGCACACGGGUCUGGAGUUGGAUGCUAUAAAAUCACACACCAAACAGAUUAUUAAACGUUUGUGUGCUCCAAAACUGUUGACCACUAUAACGCUCAACUCGAAGGGCAUGACUGAUGGAAUUCUGAAUGUCGGUGAACUCCCAGAGGAAAAACACACACUGGAGGAGAAGGAAGAUGAUGAGGAUGAUGGGGAGGAGGAAGAGGACAUCUUGGUUGAGGAAACGGAAGAAAUGGAGGACAUUGAGGAGAUCGAGACUCCUGUAUCAAAGCAGACCCCAAGUCAGAAAACAUGUAAACAGAAGCAAGGAAACAAAAACACUGCUUCUGUCAACAUUGAUCUGUUGGCUGGGGAGAAGAAGGACGAUAACGACGCCUACGAUUUCAGCACAGACUUUGUAUAAGAUGUUAGCCAGUGUGUCGACUUGGUAUAUCUAUGACAGAGCUACAAUCCUUUGAAACAUCUGGCUGAAAACACAUCUGUCAGCCUGUCUGUACCAGUUGUAUAUAUGAUGGAUAAUUAAACUUUUAAUUUUCUCUACUUUAA